GCAAUCCCGACUUGAGCACUCUUGUUUUAUAUUUCUGCAAUUAAAUACAAAUUCUUACAUAAUAAAUGAGAUGGUUUAGAGAAGUUUUAGCUACUUAGAAUUCCAUAGAUAAAAUUAUAGACAAAUUUAAUAUAAUUUAUCUAGGAAUGUUCUGCAACUUUUAAGCUGACAUAUGUUAAAUAUAUUUUAACUAAGGAUCGGAUGUCGAUUGCACUCUUUAUGUCUGCCUUAUAUACUCUCAGUUGUGCUUAGACAGUUUCCAUCAGAAACAGAAAUUUAUAAAAAUGUGGCUAAAAAUCGAAUGGAUUUUAGCUUGACAACUUGCCAGCUUAAAAUAUGCCUAUAGCCAACAGACGUGCAGGCCGACACGUCUUUCAAUUCGCAUGAGUUAAGACUGUGUCCCAUGCGAAUUUCCUAAUAUAUCUCUCGUUCCACAUCUUUACGAUUGCAUGCCAAAGAACGGGGCGUCUUGGGGUUCAAGCCUAUUCAAUUUGUUUGUUUGUUGUCGUCUAAGACAAGGUCGAAAUGUUAAUUACUUGGCUCACCGUUAUCAUUCAAACACUUUACCGCUACCCAAACACUGUCGAUAACAAUACGUACAGCGAAUACGUAGACGUGCUAAUUGAGACGACAGGUAAAAGUAGGAAACCCGUCAGAGCACGUGAACUUUUCUCGCACCUCGCACUCGGGAUUGUCAUGAGAACAGGUCUUCAAAGACGCAGAUGCAAUCGAAAGCGUCUUGCCUCAGUUAAAGCAUAAAUGGUUUAACGCUCGACCGGAGAACACAUAAGAAGCGCACAAAAUGAAUUUAAUGUUCGUUUAGUACAUCCAAAUAGUUGGAGGUUCGAUCAAAAUAAAUAAUUUAUUUAUAUUUCAGUUGCUUGCUCUCAACGUUGUUUCUGCUGCUGGAGGCUGUGCAGGCAAUGGACGUUAAUUUGACUACUUGGCGUCAACAUCGCAGACAGAAGCGUUUUCUGAUCUAUCAGGAUGGUGGCGUUAUAAAGAUGGUAGCUGGCGUCGCAUUUCCCGUGGACUUUGAUGAAAAGAACGCCUGGCGCCAGCUGGUCAUGCUAAUGAACUAUCACUAUCAAUUCCCAGAGCCAACUACGCCCAUCUACUGGUGGAAGCUAUGGAAUGGCAGAGAUCUGAAAGGUCCCAUUAAACUGACCAAAGAUCAGAGGCAGCAACAAAAGACCACACAGCCGCAGCAAGUGGAUGCAGCACAGCAACUGCUGUAUGAACUCGCCGUGGAGUACAUGAAUCGACGUGGCCAAGACGGCAAAGCGUGCAUGCAACGUUUGAUAUGCGAGAAUGGACAGGUGCACGAGCACAAUGGACUCUAUGCGCAGCUGCUGCACAGAUUGCUCAUACCGCACCGAUCUCUGGGGAAACAUUAUUUGGAUGCCUACAGCAUGGGCAGGCACGGCAUCAACUGUCGCAAAGCGUUUCCCACAGCUGGACACUGUGUAUUGGAUGACUAUGUUCAUGUCCAUGAACGUGGACUGACGCAGAGCUAUAUCUAAGGUGUAAUUGGAG